AACACACAUUUAAGCGUUUCAGUUCAAAAAACUAUGCAUAAAGUGUUUUCGGUCGUGCUUUUAACGCAACUUCCACUCACAAAACGACGAACGCAAGAAACACGGGAAAAAUUGAGAAAAAAUAUUGUGUGUUUCCUAAAAUUUAUUGUAUAUUGUUUAUUUCGUUGUUGACGUUGCGCCAGUAUUUGGAUCGGGAUCCAAAGUUCAGUCUGUGGUAGUUGCUGACGUAUUUUUUGUUUCCCUCUCGUCUCUUUCUCUCGUUAUCGCGACCGUUAUUAAAAUCGUCGUGCUUUUAUUCAGUGCUCCGUAGUGGCGGUUUCUUUAAUAUGAACGGGACUAUUUCGGCAGUGGCCCCUCAAACACUUCAUUUAUUGAGAAGUCAAACAGUGCUGGGAAGCAAUCAUUUCGGAAAAAUCAUAAAUUUUAAUGUGCUUCAAGAAAAUCAAAGCCCGAAACUGUAUUUUGAAAAUCAAAGCAAGUCUGUCGGAAUCAUACAAAAUCGAGUACAAAAUAUGCCUAUAGCACAGUUCAAUACAACCAGUUAAUUAACAGAAAAUAUCACAAUAAUCCAAUUCUAUGAUAAAACUGGUGUAAUGUGUAACAUCUCUAGCAUUCAAUCAACUUUUAACUCACGCAAACGGAAGUGAUUCAAACAAGAGAAAUCAGAAUGGUGUUUAAUGUGGAAAAAGUACAAUUGAUUAUAUCGUAUGGAACAACAAGUAGAAAAUAGAGAAUAGAACAUAGAACAUUUAUGUGCAAGCAGUGAAAAUGAUUCAAUUUGUAAAUAAACUGCAUAUGCGAUCAUACACGAACUGUCGAUUGUACUUGCAAUACGUUAAGAAUCAACAAGCAAAUUAAUGGAAAUGAAAUUGAAAUUAGAAAGUUUAGAACAUAAACACAAGCGGAGCCAAGACGCUAAGUAACAAGGAAGAAACAAAGUUAUCAACCGAACUUCAUAUGGGAAAUAAACGAAAACAAGAACGAAAACGAACCCGAUCGGGAGAGGAAGAAGAAGAAGGAGAAAAAGUAUAAGCGGAUAAAACGAAGCAAUUUCCAUAUUGAUAACAAGAAGUGAAAAUGAUUCAGUGCUGUGUUUAAACUAUCACAUAUCCCAUAUUCAUCAUAUAAAGCAAUAAUAAUGAAUAAUGCCACUGAAAACUAUUAUUGGAAUAUCUCACAAUUAUUUACACUGGAUAAUAGAUCAUUAUUCAAUACAACGGAUAAUAUUUAUUUAGUCGAGGCUACCUGUUGUACAAUCGAACCAAACUUUUCCGUGUAUUUAGAACGCCUGGAGAAUGAUCGACUCGGCUUAUUAGCAUUUCUAUUUUUAUUUUCGUUCGCUACGGUAUUCGGUAAUUCAUUAGUCAUACUAGCGGUUAUACGGGAACGAUACUUGCACACGUCCACCAAUUUGUUUGUGACCAGCCUAGCGGUAGCUGAUUGCCUAGUGGGUUUGGUGGUAAUGCCAUUUUCAGCACUAUACGAAGUACUGGAAAACACGUGGUUUUUUGGGACAGAUUGGUGCGAUAUUUGGCGCUCGCUCGAUGUUUUAUUUAGCACAGCUUCUAUUCUCAAUUUGUGCGUAAUUUCGCUGGAUCGAUAUUGGGCUAUAACCGACCCAUUUAGUUAUCCGAUGCGGAUGACACGGAAACGUGCCGCCGCUCUCAUAGCGGCUGUUUGGGUAUGUUCCGGGGCGAUAAGUUUUCCUGCGAUUGUGUGGUGGAGAGCGGCGCGUGAAAACGGAAUGCCCCCGUAUAAAUGCACAUUCACUGAACACUUAGGAUACUUAGUAUUUUCGUCGACUAUUUCUUUUUAUCUGCCGUUGCUGGUGAUGGUAUUCACGUAUUGUCGCAUUUACCGAGCAGCCGUUGUACAAACAAGAUCGUUAAAGCUAGGGACAAAGCAGGUUCUAAUGGCUUCGGGUGAACUGCAGUUACGUAUUCAUCGGGGUGGUACAACUCGCGAAGGUCACCAUCAGCACCAUCAUUCACAUUCAGCCACAGCAACGUCAACGCCUGAAGAGCCUGAAGAGGAACCUCUUUCAGCUUUACAAAAUAAUGGAUUACACGCAGGUGGCCGUUAUCGACAGCAAAACAUAGGAAAAAAUUUCUCACUCUCUCGAAAAUUGGCAAAGUUCGCGAAAGAAAAGAAAGCGGCAAAAACGCUCGGCAUUGUAAUGGGUGUUUUCAUCGUAUGCUGGCUCCCCUUUUUCGUCGUCAAUUUGCUUUCUGGAUUCUGUAUACAAUGCAUUGAGCAUGAGGAAAUCGUGUCGGCAGUGGUAACAUGGCUUGGUUGGAUCAAUUCUAGUAUGAAUCCUGUAAUAUAUGCAUGCUGGAGCCGAGACUUUAGGCGAGCCUUCGUGAGAAUUCUGUGUGUUUGUUGUCCCCGGAAAAUUCGACGGAAAUACCAACCAACGAUGCGUUCAAAAUCUCAGAGAUUUGCAUCAAGAAGAUGUUAUUCAACGUGUUCCCUUCACGGUUUGCAACAAGUGCGGCAAAAUUCUUGUGAACAAACUUAUAUUUAGGAAUCGACUCAAAAUAUAGUUAAAAUCAUUGAUAAAAACAGAAAUGAACAAAUUUAGGUGAAAAAUGUGCAACAGUCAAUACAAAGAAAUACAGACAAACACAUACACACACAACACAAAACAAAGAGUACAUACUGAGAAAACCAAAAAAACUGAACCAAUCGCAGCGAGCUUAGCACUUACAAAGUCUUAUUUGCGCACAAAGGCUUCUAAAGAUACGAAAUUUGCGCGCUCAAUGAGAGUGGAAUUUAAAAGUAGCUCCAUGUGGAAAAAAAUUAUAAAAAGAGAAAAAAAAAAAAUUCUGAGCUCACAGAGAAUGUAUCGACGAAAAGCUGGUUUAUAAGCAAUGUUCAGAUGUUCUGUUUGCACACCGUCCUUUUAUUUGAGUGAUACAAAUACAUACUUUCCAUUUGAUGCACAACGCAAAAAAGAGGGACAGAUUUAAAAGAAACCAAAACUGAAUAAGAGAAAUCAAAAUGAAAGAAAUAAAUGAGAAAAUAAAGAACACAAAAAACUUGUAACGCGCGACCUUUUCACUUACCAGGUUCGACAGUGUCAUGUGGCUGCUAUGGUUGCUGCGUCGGCAGCAAGUUAUUCAUCCAUGAAUCAGUAUGGGAAUCGAUCAUGACGGUACCUGAACACUUGUAGCUCAUGCGACAGUAUGGAUGGAUCGCGGAGUAUGCAAACAAUCAAUAACAGACAUCAUUGCCAUCGUUCAGCCCAUCAGCAAUAUUAUCAUACGCGAAAACCAGCUCUAAAGCGACAGAAGCGCUGUACCUUUGCCACAACCACGACAAUAGCCGAGGCAACAGGUCACACAAGCACAUCAGAUAUUACAGAAAUGGUAACAGUGGUUCGAAGUAGUAACAGCAUCAAUGGAAUCAACGAUUGUUAAAUUCUCAAUAAAUCACAUUAAACGUUUCAAACAGCAGCGAAAGUCAACAAACUAAGACACUAUCAAAGUGAAACCACAAAACGAACCAUUUAUCUACUUAAAUAUUUGAACCAAGCCAUACUUCUAAUGCACAAUGGGAACAUCGGCAUGAUUUCAUUGUUUUCUAAUUUUACCAUCCGCGUCACAAUCUCAUUUCCCCUUUAUGAAUCGCUAUGCAUAGACCUAGUGCGGUAGUGUGACUUUAAAUGGGGUAGAAUCAAUAUACUCCAAUUGAAUGGAGUCCAGAAUUGGAAAAACUGUAGCCAAACCACAAGUUUAUUUGAAGUAAGCAUUAUCUUCAUCGUCACCACAAUCAUCAUUAUCUCCUCGUGUGCAUGUGCCAAAGUCAAAGUUAAACAACAAUGCUAAUCAACUAGACUCAAUGAAUAUUGCGAAUUUUAGGCAUAACAAAAGAAAAACUGAAUUAAAAAGUGUUAUUUUUUACAAAUUAAAAAUAUGUUUUAUAUGUAUAUGAAUACUAUAAAUCAAUCUACAAUAAUAGUAACAAUAACAGGAUCUGAUGUCAUAUAAUAAUUUGAGCACCAUGAUUAUAAACUUGAAGGUGCUUGUAAACUGUAAAUGCAAAUGAUUUUAGUCAUAUAUGAAUGUUCAAUUAUAAUAAGUAAAUAUGUAUGUUGCAACAAUAUCGGAAAAAAUGGAAAUCGAGUAAGUCAAUUUACCCAAAAAAACCUCAAGAUUCCUAUGUCUUUAUUUUGCUUCAUCAAAACAUCCUACAGAAAAUCUUCCCUGCUCAUUAUAAAUCGAUAGAUUCAUGCGAAGCCAAAAAAGAAGUAAUUAGAUAGCUCAAUUUCUAGCCUGUUUGUUUUCUAAAAAAAGGGAAAUAGCAUAAAAACAUCAUUGAAUUGAAAAAACGAUUCAAACGAUUAUUUGUACGAUUUUUUUGGAGAAUGAAUUGCCAUUAAUCUAUCGUUUUAUUAAAAUAUGAUUAAAAAAAACUGUGGAUAAGUUAGACAAUGAUGUAAAAUGGAGUGUUUUAAGUUAUAUGAAAGUAAGAGAUGGGGUUUCUCGAUACACAUCGGACGCAAAUACGUACACAUAAAUCCAUAAAUUCAAGACCAAGUUUCUUUACACCGUUUAACAGUAAAACGUAAAAGUUAUAAUUUCAAAAUCAAUAAUUUAGAACACUUUCUAAAUUAUCAUUUCAAAUACAAUCAAUAAUUAACUUAACCCUCUAAUGCAUACAAACGCCUCUAGACGGGCAACAUUUGAACGCCUGUAGAACGUAAACCGUACAUCGGAUCACAUUGCUUCAGAAGGAAUUUUUAUUUGUCAAUGUUUUUUCUUCAUUUUUGUUCUUGGCAAUAUUUGUCUAUGUAGUGUGUUUGUAAAGUUAUAGACAAAAAUGUGAGCAAAAACAAAAAUUUGACAAAAUAAAUUAUUCGAACUCCAAAUUAGACACAUUUUUGACACUUUUAAACAAUGGAUUUGAUUGUUUUCUGAUUUAUGUCAAUCGUAUUUCCUGAAUUAACCAUGAGGAAUCCAGGAUUAUAAACAUUUUUUUAAUUAUCUAUGGCCAAAAAUUAACCAAGUACCAGUACUCCCAUUUAAACUCGCCCUGGGAAAAAUUAAUGCAUUAGAGGGUUAAAUUAAUUCGAUGUUGUUGGGAAGAGAUAUAUAGGUAGUUCGUGUCUACUCGAAACACCCAUCAGCUAAAUGUCAAUAUUAUCCAAGUACAAAAGUCAAAUUGUUCGUAGGCCAAGUGUAUAUGCGGAAUGUAUAGCAAUGAAAUAAUUUUCGUUAAAUAAUUUUUUUGUUCAUUUUCUGUUCAUUGAUGAUACGUGAUAGGAUUCCGUGUCGUUGAGGGACACUGUAAAGUUGUGAAGAUAAAGAAUUUUACAAUGGCCCAUUUCUUAUCAGUUUCGAAUCUUCACCCCAUUCCAAGACAUUUCGGUAUCCCUUAUUCUUUUUGUUGACGAUACUAUAGUAUAUAUAUACAGUCAUGGACAAAAUUGAGUAUACGAUCCAACUAUUAAGGUUUCAUUUGAAAAUUUUGUGUACUUUUUAAUGCUUUUCCAAUCAGAUAAAAAAUAUAAUUUGUGCCAAAUAGUGUAAAUUGAGUGCCCAAACAAGAUUUUCAAUGGAUAUUAUGUAAUUUACCAGAUUUUUUGAAUCCGGGAUUAGAAGCAGGAUUUUCGAAUUGGAAAAAAUUGAGUAUACGGUUCGUUAAAUAUUUGUUUAAAUAGAGGAAAAUCACAGAAAUUGAAAAAGUGGGGAUACAGCAUGAUGCAGAAGCUUGUGUUGUUUCGGAAUGGUGUAUAUGUUUUGCUCCACCGAACCAUUGUUUGGGAAAUGGAGACGGUCAAAAAAAAUUUUCAUUGCCAUCAAUAAGGUAAAGUCGGGUCAGUUGGGACGGGUUAGCCUUGGAAGUAAGAACUUUCAUUUGGAUAAUGAUUUUUCAAAGAAUAUGGUACCGUUGGAAAAGUAUUCACAAAAGCUAACUUUUCGCCGAAGAGAGUCCUUCGAUUAUGUUGCUGAAAAAAAGUUGUGUCGAUUUUUACAAGUGUCAUAUUUUUGGCCAAAAAAAAGGUGUCGGGUCAGUUGGGACAUCACCCAAAAGAAUUGACAUAACUUUUUCUCCAGUAACAAAAUCGAAAAACUUUCUUCAGCAAAAAUUCAGCUUCGGGCCUUAACUUUCCAAUGUAACUCCAAUCUUCGGAAAAUUCCUACUCAAAUGAAAGUUACAGCCUCUACAGUCAACCGUCCCAACUGACCCGACAACUUUUAACAAUUUUUCAGAAUUUUUUUCUGAAAUUUCGCACACAUUUUUUAUUCAAAUUUCGCACAUGCUUUUACUGCUGUGAAAACACUAAACAGCGUUCAUUUGGCGUGUAAUCAACUCUCCAAAAGUUUCGUUUGGUUAUGACUGGUAGAUGUCAAGAAAAUGACAGUGUCCCAAAUGACCCGCUGUCCCAACUGACCCGACUUUACCUUACAUGCAAAUAUUAAACAAAUAUUUAACGAACCGUAUCAAUUUUUUCUAAUUCGAAAAUCCCGCUUCCAAUCUCAGAUUCAAAAAAUCUGGUAAAUUACAUAAUAUCCAUUGAAAAUCUUUUUUGAGCACUUACCACUAUUUGGCACAAAUUAGACAUUUGUCUGAUUGAAAAUGUAUUAUGUAUAACACAACAUUUUCAUAUGAAACCUCAAUAGUUGGAUCGUAUACUCAAUUUUGUCCAUGACUGUAUAUACUUUGCAUUCUUUCUUUUUUAUGGUUGGCUAUUGGAGUGAGUUGAAAAGUAAUACCACUUUCAAAGGAAUCAUUCAAGCAAUACGGUUCAAUUAAAUUUGUUUGAAGUGAUAUAGAAAAUGUGCGGGGAAAAUAUUGAAUUUUCACGUUAAUGAUGUAAGAAUGAUGUUUACGUACAAAAAUCAUUUUAAUUUGACCAUAACAAAAGCUUUACCAAAGACCGGAAAAGUCAAAGUCUGUAUUAGGGUGUUUUUUAUAAUCUGAACAAAAGAAAUGGUAGAUUUUAAAUUAAAGAGAAAACAAUUCUGUAUCAAUUAAUGGUGUUCACACAGCGGAGCAAUAAACAUACACAUUUC